AUGAAGAAUAUAUCAAAUUUAAUUCAAGAUGAAUCUCAAAUCAACUAACUAAGACUCAGCGGUCGUCGAAAACAUCCUUCUCCUUAAAUUCAGAUAUAUGACAAAUUAAAGACUUCAAUAUAACAAGACUUUUAGAAUAGUUAUACUUUUAAGCUAAAGACUCCAACGCAUUCUGAUAAGAAAUUGUUUGAAUAUAAGAAUUAAAAGGAUUUAGAAUUAUUGGUCUCCUUAAUUAUGCAAGCUUGUUUACACAUGGAAAAUUGCAUACAUGAACAAUUAUAUGAAAAAAAUUAACAAGGCAAGACGUUUAGAUAGGUUUGCGAAUUCAGAGUGGAUUGGACUAAAAAGAUAAAGAAAGUUGAGAGAUAUUUUGAAAACUAAUUACAACUUAAAAAAGUGUAACAAAUACAAUGUUAAAAUAAUGAUUAAUUUAAAAUGAUUAUUCUUGAGGCAAUUAAUAAAGAGACGGCCUUAAUGAUUGACAAAACCAAGAAAGAAUCCUAAUUCAUUGAAUAUGCCAAGAGAUUUGCAAUCCAACAGAAACAGAGAAUGAACUAUUGCGAAUCGAUAUUGAGUUAAUUUGAAGAUGUGCAAAAUCGUAAGAAAUAUAUCCAACCACCUUCCUUCUGGUCAAUUCUUGAUUGUUCUUGCAAUGCUACUAUGUCGUGA